AUUUUUAAAAAAAUAUAACCUAGUAACUUAUAUCUAAUAAUAUCUAGUAAUUUUCUAUCCCUUCUUCAAAUCUCAAUAUAAUAAGAAAUGAUAUUUAAACUUAACAAAUUGUCAAAAAUAUAUACAUAAAACUAUAAUCAUUGAAUAAUUCCUUACACAGAUAAGAUCUAACUAUAGUUUAUGUAAUAGAAGAGAAUAAAUAUUGGAACGAGAUUCCUGAAGAAUAAUCUCCUCAGACUUGUGGCUAGUUAAUUAUUAUACGACUAUGGAAGAUUCAUUAUCUGUAUUACAAAUCGGUAUAAUUACAUGGUCGAGCGUUUCAAUCAAAACUACGUAACAAUCAUACGCUAAUGUGUUCUCGUAAUUGGAUAUUUUUCACCAUCCAUCUUUCAACUCAAGAAACAAGGAAAAACGCGAAAUAACAUUUAUCAAAUCACAAUCAUUGAUCGCUACUGGCCAGCUUUAAUUAAUUGAACGAGCUUUUUCUUGGAAAUUUGAAGCUAAUAUAAAUAAAUAUAUAUAAAAUAAGCUAUAAAAUAUAAUAAUAUUUCAGUAUCGAUGAUGUUAUUGCAAUUUAAAGAUAAGAAUUAUAAAUAAGAAAGUAGAAUACAAAGAUCGUUUGUUAUUCAUAUGCAAAUUACAAUCUGACUUUGUAUUCUCAUAGAAGAGUUUAUAAUUAUUAAAAUUAAGGUUUCAGUUAAUUGUUAUCGAUAAAAGUGUUGUUCAUAGACAACACGAAAAAUAUUUUCCCCUAUCUCUAAAAUUGUAUUAAUUAUUCUAAUUAAUUAUUCUUAAUUAAUUUUCUUAGUUAAUUGUAUAAUUGAGCAAAAUAAUCUAUUAUAUCCCAUAUUGGAACAACUUCAAGCUUCAAAUUUGAUUGAAGCGUAACAUAAUUAAGACAUACCUCUUAUUUCUUAAUAAUUUACUACUUUUAAGAAAUAAAAACCUGAAAUAGAUGAGAAAGAGAAAUCGUCGGAGAAAAUUCUAUUGUAAUAAAUAGAGAAAAAAAUAUUGUCAACGAUCCGCAUAAUUGAACGACAUAUUAUCGUAAUUACGAUUUAAUUGCUCGACAAUGAACUACUAUUAACAAAUAAUAGAACAAACAACGAUGUAGCCGCAUUAUCGAGAUGACAAAUGGACAAAUCGAAGAUCUAGUCGCGGAAAGAGAAUCGCAGUGGUUGGCCGAUGGAACAUGUCUCGUUCCAAAGCCAGGUAAUUGAAAUACGAUAUUGAAAUGAAAUCGCGAGAAUUCUAUUGUUUCGCUAUGUAGAAAAUGCCGGAACUUGUCGCGAGAGUAAUGAGAAUAUCGUAAUAAAUGAUGAAUGUUAUCGAUGAAUGGGAGGAGGAAUUAAUAGGGAGGGUGUAAAAAGGAAGAAAUUAAUUUAUUUAUUUAUUUUUUAAUUCGUGUUAUAGAAAUGAAGCUGAUGGGGAUUUUACGUAAUUUAGUAAUAACUUAUUACAGUUAUAUAUUUAUUCAUAUUAAUUGCCACUUGAUUAUCGUUGGAUGUCGAUUUGAUGAUUAACAAUCGAUAGGUUAAAGUUAUUGAUUGUUCCUAAUUAUUUCUAGGCACAAAAGUGUAUCGAACGAGGAAAGAUCGAUGUACAAAUUGACAAUAAUUACUUAAAAGCUGCCGAACAUCUGUAAAUAUAUGAAAAACAGAUGCUUCCUUUUUUUAAAGGUACACGGAAUGCUCAAUUAUUCGUCGGUCUAAUUAAAACAGGAUUGGAGUAAAUAUUUGUAAAUAUCUCUUGAAAUGGCUUUUUAUAAUAUCCGAGGAUAUCUGUCCGCCAUGGCCCGUUGAAAAGUCGGCUGAUAAACAAAGAAACGAACAGGAAGAAUUCGAAUCGAUACAAAAGGAGGUUAAAUAAGAAAAAUAAAAAAAGAACAGAAACAAUGGAAUUCCUUGAAUGAAAAAAGAUUCUAAAUCUUUCUCCACGAAAUAAUUAAUAACAAUUCUCGAAAGAGAAAAUAAUAAUUCGUAUCGUAAAUUUUGCUGUUUAUUUAUGACACUCUGAAAGUGAAAAUUAAUAUAAAAGUGUCUCUGUAUGAUGCAUAAUAUAUGAUUAGUACAAUACAAAAUAUAGUUCUAUAAAUACCUCUUUAAGACUAAGAGGAUUUAGAGAUAAGAAACGUAUAUGAGGAAAAGAUUUUAUAUAUUUUUAUAUAUCAUACGUGACAACCAAUUAUAUAUAACUCGUAUCUUAAUGACAUACAUUUAACGAAUGUAAAAAAAAUAAAUUCAAUCGAUUUAUCCCAAAAUUUUCCAGCACAAUUCAAUCUACUCUAUUAUGCAUUCAAGAGAAUUGAGCAAAUACAACGAACAUUGGAUAUUAAUGGAUGAAAAAAAUAUUUUGACGAUUUCAAAAAUACGCGUAUAAACUUUUAGAAUUAAGAAAACACUUUUUUCAAAAAUUUUCACUGUAUGUCAAUUUGUUGACACAAGCUUGAAACAAUUUUACAUUGAAAGAUCAAGAUUAGAUUAGAUUAAAAAAAAAGAAAAAAGAAAUCGCACUAACAAACUCAUUCCUCAUUGUCCCGCUUCAGGGUGGCUAAUUAUUAGCGUAUAAUUGCAACGUUAAUCGUCGUUGACACGAUGCACGAAAAUAAUCUCGCGCAAAAUCGCGCGUUAUAUGCAUAACGAUCGUGUCGUUACGCAAGAAUAUUAACUUGCUUGCUUUUGUGUCGCCCGAGAACGACUUUCGGGACGAGUUUAAACAACGUAGUUAGACUUAGUCGUUCAAAGUCGUAAACGCGUGUAAUAAAGUGAUCUCCGAGAUCUAAAGUUGCAUGUGGCCGUCGAUGCGAGACGAGAGUAAAUCCUGGAUACGUGUCAACUCAAUUUGUAUUAGACGUCGUAAAACGGUAGCGUGAAAAGAAGAAAGAAUAAUAUUCUUUUUCAUUUAAGAUUUCGUUUUGGGAAAAAACACAAAGUGUCGUAAAAGUUCUGCAAAAGGUUCUGUUAACAUCGAUAAUCGCAUCAACAGAUACUGGAAAGGAAGUGUGAAUCGGGAAAGUAAUCCCGGGGGAACCACGGAGGAUUUGGGGUGCGAACCACGUUGUCCUAAUGAUACGUCGGCGAUAAAGCGAGGGGAUCGAAGGUCACAAAGCGUGCAAAGCCGUUCCCAUGCCUUAUUGUUACCCCUAUUGUGGAUACGCACCAAGCAGGAUCCUGCAGAUUUAAAAUAUCUCCUUCCCUAGAGGAUUAUCUAAAAUUUCUCCAAAUUUUUACACCAUUGGAUUUAAAUAAUUCAAAAAUUAAACGAGUUACCCAUAUUUCAUUUAGCUCACCAAUGAAACAGAUUCCUACUCCACGCUCGAUUAUCCACAACGCUCUCGUUUCUUCAAAUUAUCCGAUCGUGACGAGUGAAGAGAGGCUCAAUAAUAACCAUGGAAGUUGGGAUACUGCGACAGUUAUUUAUUGGGAUCGUUUGCAACCUUCUGAUCAUCGAUAGUGGAUUGAACGAGGGAUGGAGCACCCCCAUUAUACCAAAAUUCAAGCAGGACGACCCUUUGAAGGUGUCCAACGACCAAAUAGUGUGGGUGGUGAAUUUGAUGUAUGUCGGGGUAGGUCUCGGCUCGAUUGUGCCGUUUCUUUUGAUGGACAGAAUCGGGCGUAAAGGAACGCUGUUGUUCGCCGCGAUACCAAAGAUUGCAAGCUGGAUUUUGAUCGGCUUGGCAGCCACCAUCGAGCAGCUUUACAUUGGCAGAUUGAUGGCCGGUGUAGGCUGUGGAAUAACGUACUCGGUGAUGCCUAUGUACUUGGGCGAGGUUAGCAGCAAAAAGACUCGUGGCCCUUUAGGUACAGCGAUGGCCGUCCUCCUCAACACAGGCAUGAUGCUCGCCUACGCGAUCGGUUUGUGGACGAGCCGAUUCGCCAUGUCGAUGAUCUCCCUCUCCCUACCCGCCGCGUUCCUCGCGAUCUUCCUCUGGCUUCCGGAGAGCUCGGUGUUCCUCACCCGGAAGAACAAGCUAACCUCGGCCGAGAGGACGUUGAAAUGGGCCCUGGGCAAGGAGGACGUGAUAGAGGAGCUCGAGGAGAUAAAGAGGAUCGUAGCGACCGAGGAGAAGAAUUCUGAGAGGAGGGGCAUGGCGAGAUCCGUGCAAGAGUUGUUCGCGAGACGCGAGAAUCGCCGAGCGUUUCGAAUCGCCAUCAUUCUCUUGAGCGCGUUGACGUUGACGGGCGCCGCCCCCCUCCUCGCCUAUCAAUCCUUCAUAUUCGUGGAGGCGGGAUUCGAGGUCUCGACCAACGUCAGCAUCGUGAUGACCGGCUGCGCGAUCGUGGUCGCUGGCAGCGUUUGCGUGUCCGUGGUCAGGUUGACCGGCAAGAGAUUGCUGCUGCUUAUCUCGACCCCGAUCUGCGUCCUCUCCCUGGCGACGAUCGCGAUCUUCUUCGGCCUGUUGUCGGCCGGCCACGACGUCUCGAUGCUGCGAUGGAUGCCCACGGUGUUCCUAGUGAUUUACGUGCUCGGAUACGGGCUCGCCCUCAACCCGAUCCCCCUCGCCUACAUCGGCGAGAUAUUUCACGUGGACGUGAAGCCGCCCGCUGCGAUAUUCUCCUCCCUUUAUUACGCCAUCACCACGAUACUAGUGGUGAAAUUUUAUCAGGUACUGCAAGAAUCGCAAGGAACGUACAUGCCUGUGCUGGCGUUCACCGUGAUUACUCUCCUUAUAUGGUUACUGAUUUAUCGUUACGUGCCAGAGACCGAAGGGAAGACCUUGGAAGAGAUACAAAUAGAAUUGCGAAGAAAGAACUGACGAUUUCUAUUCUACGAUUAUUCUAAGUUGUAAAUUGUUCGACAAUAAAUGGUAUACGAUUCCUUUUUAAA